AUGAACAGCACUACUCAGCCCCCUGCCACCAUAGACGGGGAUGUGGCAGUCAGCGCCGUGUUGGUACCAUUCUUCCUGAUCACCUUCAUCGGGAUAGUUGCAGCUGUGGUGAGUGGCUAACAGGGACAUCACAUGUUGGCAUACAGUUAAGAAGUACUACUUUGAUGAGUUAAAGCUUUUGAUUUAAGAGCUUAUAAAAGGACUGCAUUACAACUCCGGCAUUUUUAUUUGAACCAGCUAAACUAGUUAUCUUUUUUAUUGCAGGUGCUGUAUGUGCGCAAGAAGAGAAGGUAACUUCCUUUUAUUCUCUUUCUUAUUACUCUCAGCAGGUGUAUGGUUACUUAUUAAAGCUACAUUAUGUAACUUUUUGGGUGACCUGGCAAAUUCACAUAGAGAUGCAGCGGUCUAAGGCACUGCAUCUCAGUGCUUGAGGCGUCACUAGAGACCCCCUGGUUCGAUUCCAGGCUGUAUCACAACCGGCCGUGAUUGGGAGUCCCAUAGGGCGGCGCACAAUUGGCCCAGUGUCCUCCGGGUUUGGCCGGUGUAGGCCGUCAUUGUAAAUAAUAAUUUGUUCUUAACUGACUUGCCUAGUUAAAUAAAGGUAAAAUAAAAAUACAUAAAUAAGAAGCGGUAGAUCUGUUCUAUGUGUGCUAUUUCUAUGGUUCUCUUAAAUUGAGUUUUUGUGUCUUUUACUUUCGGUUAAUUACACCAGCUUUAAACAGAUGAAAAUACAAUAUUUUUGGUUAUGGAAAAUAUAUUUCACAGCGGUUUAGAUGGUACAAGGAUUCUCUACACAAUGGCUGCUUGUUUUGUCAAAUAAACUAUUAGAAUAUUAGCAAACAGAAAAUGGUGGAGUGAUUUAUGCAUAGUGCACCUUUAAAUUGGCCAACUCCUUUUGAACAAUACACAGAAAUCUUACAAUAAUGUCAAAAAAUUGUCUUCUUGCAUUGGUCACCAUGUCACGGUACACUCCUUUCCUAUUGUGUGUUUCAGAAUUGACAGGCUCCGGCACCAGUUGCUUCCAGUCUAUACUUACGACCCCUCCGAAGAAUUACAUGAAGUUGAACAGGAAAUGCUGUGGAAAGAGGAAGAUACGAAGGUAUGAUUUCACUCUCGUCUUCGUCUAUGAAUCAAUUGAAAGGCUGCAGUAACAUCUGAGAUCCUUCCCUAUGUGGCACUUUUACAAACACUAGAUGGCGACAUUGGCCACGCAUAAAUAAAGGCCUUUUUAUUUAAUGUAGUAGUAUCAAAUGGAGCAGCUUUGUGCUUCAUCUUUGUAAAAAAAAAAAUACAAUACCAGUCAAAGGUUUGGACUCAUUCCAGAGUUUGCCUUUAUUUUUACUAUUUUCUACAUUGUAGAAUAAUAGUGAAGACAUCAAAACUAUGAAAUAACACGUAUGGAAUCAUGAAGUAACCAAAAAAGUGUUAAACAAAUCAAAAUAUAUUUUACAUUUGAGAUUCUUCAAAGUAGCCACCCUUUGCCUUGAUGACAGCUUUGCACACUCUUGGCAUUCUCUCAACCAGUUUCAUGAGGUAGUCACCUGGAAUGCAUUUCAAUUAACAGGUGUGCCUUGUUAAAAGUUAAUUUGUGGAAUUUCUUUCCUUCUUAAUGCGUUUGAGCCAAUCAGUUGUGUUGUUACAAGGUAGGGUGGUAUACAGAAGAUCGCCCUAUUUGUUAAAAGACAAAGUCCAUAUUAUGGCAAGAACAGCUCAAAUAAGCAAAGAGAAACGACAGUCCAUCAUUACUUUAAGACAUGAAGGUCAGUCAAUACGGAAAAUGUCAAGAACUUUGAAAGUUUCUUCAGGUGCAGUCGCAAAAACCAUCAAGCGCUAUGAUGAAACUGGCUCUCAUGAUGUCCACCACAGGAAUGGAAGACCCAGAGUUACCUCUGCUGCAGAGGAUAAGUUCAUUAGAGUUAACUUCACCUCAGAUUGCAGCCCAAAUAAAUGCUUCACAGAGUUCAAGUAACAGACACAUCUCAACAUCAACUGUUCAGUGGAGACUGCUUGAAUCAGGCCUUCAUGGUCGAAUUGCUGCAAAGAAAGUACUACUAAAGGAUACCAAUAAGAAGAAGAGACUUGCUUGGGCCAAGAAACACGAGAAAUGGACAUUAGACCAGUGGAAAGCUGUCCUUUGGUCUGAUGAGUCCAAAUUUUAGAUUUUUGGUUCCAACCGCUGUGUCUUUGUGAGAUGCAGAAUAGGUGAACGGAUGAUCUCUGCAUGUAUGGUCCCCAUCGUGAAGCAUGGAGGAGGAGUUUUGAUGGUGUGGGGAUGCUUUGCUGGUGACACUGUCUAUGAUUUAUUUAGAAUUCAAGGAGCUCUUAACCAGCAUGGCUACCACAGCAUUCUGCAGCGAUACGCCAUCCCAUCUGGUUUGCAGUUAGUGGGACUAUUAUUUGUUUUUCAACAGGACAAUGACCCAAAACAGACCUCCAGGCUGUAUAAGGGCUAUUUGACCAAGGAGAGUGAUUGAGUGCUACAUUUACAUUUACAUUUUUGUCAUUUAGCAGACGCUCUUAUCCAGAGCGACUUACAGGAGCAAUUAGGGUUAAGUGCCUUGCUCAAGGGCACAUCGACAGAUUUUUCACCUAGUCGGCUCUGGGAUUAGAACCAGCGACCUUUCGGUUACUGGCACAACGCUCUUAACCACUAAGCUACCUGCCGCCCUACAUCAGAUGACCUGGCCUCCACAAUCACCUGACCUCAACCCAAUUGAGAUGGUUUGGGAUGAGUUGGACCGCAGCGUGAAGGAAAAGCAGCCAACAAGUGCUCAGCAUAUGUGGGAACACCUUCAAGACUGUUGGAAAAGCAUUCCUCAUGAAGCUGGUUGAGAGAAUGCCAAGAGUGUGCAAAGCUGUCAAGGCAAAGGGUGGCUACUUUGAAGAAUCUCAAAUAUAAAAUAUAUUUUGAUUUGUUUAACACCUUUUUGGUUACUACAUGAUUCCAUGUGUGUUAUUUCAUGGUUUUGAUGUCUUCACUAUUAUUAUACAAUGUAGAAAAUAGUAAAAAUAAAGAAAAACCGUUGAAUGAGUUGGUGUGUCCAAACUUUUGACUGGUACUGUAUAUAUUUUAAUAAAAGAUCAGUCCUGAAAGUGGAGCUGUAGGAUAAUCAAUGCUGCCUUUAAAAAAUAUUUGAUGAAUGACGAUAUUAACUAAUGUAGAGAUUUAUUUGAGAACUUGGUCAACCGCAGGUCACCUAGCGGUUAAUGGUGUGGGGCCAGUAACCGAAAGGUCGCUGGUUUGAAUCCCCAAGCCGACUAGGUGCAAAAUAUGCCGAUGUGCCCUUGAGCAAGGCACUUAACCCUAAUUGCUCUUGUAAGUUGCUCUGGAUAAGAGCGUCUCCUAAAUGACAAAAAUGUAAAGAUAGGUUUAUUUUGCAGAGAUGCGGUAUGACUAUGUACCCUCGCUUAUAUGUGAAAAGAGUUUGUAGCAUCCUGACCGCGCGUCGGAUGCCUUUCUAUCUCCCAGAGAAUAUUGUCUCCCGAAUUGCUAUCACUUUACGUUUCUGCGCGGUAUAAAUUGCGUGUCGGCCGCGUGGGGAAAAACUCCCCUAGCUGGAUCUGUUGGAGCUUGAGGUGUCGUUUCCAACACUGGUGUAAGUCAAUUCAGCUGUAGGCACACCUUGUGGGUCACUUAAGAUAUUUGCACACAGUGUUUAUUUCAAAUGCAUGCCAUAUACAACAGUAAUGAAGAACAUCUGACUGUCGCCUGAGUUUAUCUGAAAUCUAGUAUGUGACUUUGUGUCUUCAGGUGGUGAAGGGUUGGGCACGAUCCUACCAGCAGCAACGUCCCCUGUUGAUGAAAGAUACCCAUGCAUGA